GCAAGUAGGGUUGUAUUAUGGCAUGUCCUGCAACCUUUGCCCAACAAGUCUCUUAAUUUUUACCAGAAGGAGCUGAAGAGGAAACAAAAACAGCAGAAGAAGUCAGGUGAAGGAGACAUACAUCUGAUUACUUAAAGUUCUUAAAAGAUCUUCCCUCAGCACACAAAGAUGGGACAGUGGAGCUAUAUCCUCUUUGUGGUGUUUUCACUUUGUGGAGCUUUUAUCAGAGAAUCACAUCAGGCCGCUGUAUUUGAUGUUGGGGGACACAACAAGCCCCAGAGACAUCUUCUCAUGGAAGAAAACAAUCUAACCACUCCUAACGGUACUCAUCGUCUGAGGGCGUCAGAUAAAGACGUAGUACCUCCAAAGUCUCUGGAGUGGUCCUAUCUGGCAGCAGGACUCGGCACUGUCCUUACUGUCUCUCUCUUCAUUGUGAUGACGGUAAAGUUGCGCCUCUUCCAUCGCUUUCUGGCAAGCUACAGGCACUCUCUGCUCCAAGAGUCAGACGGAGUCAGUCAGUACGGACAGGAGGCGUCGUUUCCCAACAGUGUGAUGGGGAGAAUGGCCGGGACUGGAGGGACUCUCGGAGGACUGGAUGAGGAUGAUGACGGGUUCAUUGAGGAUAACUACAUCCAGACCAGUGAGAAAGACAGAGCAGAGAGAGAAAUAAAGGAAGAGGAGGGGGAGGAAGAUAUGGAGGACAGCGACGAUGAUCUUGAGUUCACUAUCGGGUGAUAUCAGAAAAAAGAAGAUUCCAGCAAAACAAUAUUUCCAUAGCUGAUACUAAAUGAGACUUUAAAGAAGACCUUGAUUGACAAUCAGCAUUUAGCAAUGAUUUCAAAUGCCUCUAGCUCUGGCCUCUUCAAAUAUAUCAAUAGGCCUUUUUCACUUAAGUGGAACUGUUUCAUGAAACAGUCAGCUUCUUUUUUCUUGUAUUCACACCUUAAGAGCAAUCACAAGUUUUUUUAGAAAUCAACUGACAAAGACUUUUCAAGCUCACACUUCAGAGUAGGUAUAAGCAAAAGUGAAACCUUGAUUGGCACACGAGCACGAUGAAAUAUCAGUAACAACAAUCUUGUAAAACCAGUAUAGCAGUUUGUAAUGUUAGCAUUUAAAAAAUGGCCAAAAUAUGGCAACUGUAAUCUAAUAGUGCUUACUCUCUAUUCCCUGCUAGUUGUACCAUGCAUAAUUGCUGUCAAAACCAAAGUUUUUCAAUUAAAGUUAAAUGAAGGAAAAUGAAGAAGUGAAAAAGAAAGAGGAAAAUAAAAAUGAGAGCUGGUUGGAGA